AUGUCGCCGCGAAGAGCCGCGCUCCUCGCCGCGCUCACCGCCUGGCGUCUUCCUGCGGCUAGUGGCUGGCGGGCGGCCACCCCGCCUCCAAGCUGCUUCGGCGCGCUGGCCCACUGCGCGGCCGGCCACGCCGCCGCUCCCUGCCGCAGCAUUGUCGCGAGACGGAGUCGCGGCGGCGUGGCGAUGACGGGCGGUUGGCAGUAUGCGCUCGCGGGCGGCGUCUGUGCUGCGGUCUCGCACGGCAUCGCCUGCCCGGUCGACGUCGUCAAGACGCGCCAGCAGACGGUGCCGUCGUACUCGGGCAUCCAGCUGCAUGAGGGCCUCGCCCGGGUGGUGAGGGAGGAGGGAGCGUCCGCGCUGCUCACCGGCCUGAAGCCGACGCUGCUCGGGUACGGCAUCGAGGGCGCGCUCAAGUUUGGCGCGUACGAGCGCGUCAAGGCGCCUCUCGCUGCGCUGCUUGUCCGGCUCGGCGCGGGCGGCUCCGCUCUGUGGCUCGGCCCGCUACUGGCCGGGCUGCUGGCGGGCGCGAUCGCGUCGCUCGUCGUCGCGCCCGCCGAGGCGACGCGGAUACGGCAGGUCUCCGACCCCGACUAUGCUGGCGCGGGCAUGCUCGGCGCGGCGGGCCUGCUGUUUCGGGAAGAGGGGCCGGGAGGCGCGCUUGUGGAGGCUGGCGCGGGCGGCGAGGCGAGCGCACGGCUCUUCCGCGGCGUGCCCGCGACGCUCGCCAAGCAGCUGCCCUACACGGCCGCGAAGCAGGAAGUGUCUAGCCCUACACGGCCGAAGCAGGUCUCCUUCGACGCCCUGUCGGAGCUCUUCGCCGCCGGACCGCUGCCUCGCUGGGCGUCGACCGCCGCUGCCGCCGCCGCCGCCGCCGCGCUGUCGACGCUGGCUUCGCAGCCGGGCGACGCGCUGCUCUCGCAAGUCUCGUGCUACAGCACCGAGGACGGCGACCUCUGCGUCGCCCCCCCGCCGGGUGGGCUGGCGGGCCUCGCCGAGCGGCUCGGCCCGCGCGGGCUGCUGGCGGGCUUCAGGGCGCGGCUGGUGCAGAUGGGGCUGAUCGUGACGCUGCAGUUGGUGCUUUACGACGCGGUCAAGGCCGCACUCGGGGUGCGAUGA